AUGUCUUGCAGAAGAGAAGUUAUUUGGGCCAUAAGCUCGGCUUCAGCUGUGGUUUGUAUUACGAGUGAAUUGCCAAAAGGAGUGCAAGGGGGUAGCGCAGGGCUAGCUCCGCUUUGCCUUCCGAACGAUUUUCGAUGUGGGACUGUAGACGUCGAUUGUGGGCAUGCCGGGUGUCUAGGAGAAGAGAGUUGCCCUAAUCGUGGGAUCGGUAAGAAAGGUGCCGAAGGCUACCAUGGUCGAGCUCAAUUUUGUCCACGUGUCUAG